GAUCUUUCAAAUUCCUUUGUUCACUUAUCGAUUCUAAUGGUAAGAUAAAAGUGACAAAUUGUUAGGAGUAAUGAUCAUUGGGUUCGAUGAGUUUCUCUGAGGCAAUGGCAAAAGGUCUCCUAUAUUUUCUACUGUGCUUUGGAUGUGCUCAGGCCGUAAUCAAGGAGUGCUGGACGCUAAAGUCCAAACCAAAGGAUAUUCGAAGCCCUCUUUGCAAAAACCCCUCCAGUAAGUCUGCCAUACUGUUUGGCAACUAUUUGAACAAAUCCACCUGGCCCAUCACUCCGAUUGGUGCCUCUCCAAAUCCUGACCAGGACGCCCAUUGCGGCAUUGAAAACGCCCCUAGUGAAGAAAUUCGUGGUAGAAUUGUAUGCGGGCAAGAAGCGCUCCCUCACCGAUUCCCUUGGAUGGCUGCUAUCUACCAAGACGAUACGUUUCUCUGCGGUUCGUCUAUUAUUUCCAAGGACUGGAUUUUGACCGCUGCCCAUUGUGUUGAAGACUUGCAACACGAGAUUCAUCUGAGGGUGGGUGCUCACGACCUGAGCAAGCCCGAAAAAACGGCUCUGACCGUUGCUAUCAAAAAGGAGAACGUCAUUUCUCAUCCGGAAUACAAUAACAAGAAUCUUAAUAACGACAUCGCCUUAUUGGAGCUUUUAAAUCCAUUGGUUUUUAAUGAGACUGUUCGAGCUGUUUGCUUGGCAGACGCUAGGAAUCGAGAGAGAGAUCUGGUGGGAUACAAAACUACAGUGACUGGUUGGGGACCUCUUGUUCCUUGAGACGUACAAUGGCAGAUGAGAUUCACUUGGCAUUCAGUUCAAGCAUUAAGGGAAUAUCCAAUGACGUCUGCUACCUAGUUGUGCAAUGGGAUUACAAGUCAGCUGGAGUGCAUUUUUUUGAGAUUCAAACUCCAAGUAGACGUAAUCGUGAAUUCAAUUUUCUUCUGCGAAAAAAACCGUGCAAAUAUGGAUUCUAAUAUGAAUAUUUUCUUGCCAAACUCUUUUUGGUCUUGGAGUCAGGGUGACGAAGAUGGGGAAGAUUUCUGUCCAAAGUGUGAAGAAGUCCCCAAUCUGAAUUAUUCAACUUCUCCUGAUUUAUAGAUUGUACGUUGCCGAAGACUCGAAAUAUGUAAGCCGGUUGUUGGGAGGAGGGGAGAGGGGAUUUAAAGGCCGAAUUGUAGCAACAUGUGCGUUCUAUGAUUGAAGUCGAGUCCACUGAGCUUGGGAGUGGCUUGCCAACCAAAGUUUGGCGGGUUUCCCAUUAACCCAGAAAGGCUCACAUGAUCAUUAAUUCAUGAUGUCAUGUUCCAUUUCUUGUAUUAAAGUCGCAUUCUGCAA